AUGUCUCUCCAGAUCCCGCACCGUGAAAAGUCAAAUGGUUCCGGCGGCGCCACCAAAGCCGUGAUCCUGGUCGGUGGUGCUUCGCGCGGCACCCGUUUCCGCCCUCUCUCGCUCGAUGUGCCCAAGCCCCUCUUCGAUGUCGCGGGCCACCCCAUUAUCUGGCACUGCCUGACCGCGAUCAGCAAGGUGCCCUCGAUUUCCGAAGUGUACCUGAUCGGCUACUACGAGGAAUCUGUUUUCCGCGACUUUAUCAAAGACUCGGCCGUCGAAUUCCCCAAUGUCUCGAUCAAAUAUCUCCGCGAAUAUCAGGCCCUGGGUACCGCUGGCGGUCUCUACCACUUCCGCGAUGCUAUCCUCAAGGGCCGCCCCGAGCACAUCUUUGUCCUGAACUCGGACGUCUGCUGCAGCUUCCCGCUCAACGAGAUGCUGCAGCUAGCCCAGGAGAAGGACGCCGAGGCUGUUAUCUUGGGUACACGUGUUAGCGAGGAGGCAGCGACCAACUUUGGUUGCAUCGUCUCCGACUCGCACACCCGCCGCGUUCUGCACUACGUCGAGAAGCCAGAGAGCCACAUCUCGAACCUGAUCAACUGCGGUGUCUACCUCUUCUCAGCCGAUGUCCUUUUCCCUUCCAUCCGUAGCGCCAUCAAGCGCCGCACCGACCGGCCCCGGCUUGCAUCGUACCGCUCGUCCGAAAACCUUGCCAGCUCCUUCAUGAUCGACGAUGACGAGGAGAGCCAGAAGAACGAGGUGAUCCGUCUCGAGCAAGAUAUCCUGGGCGACAUGGCGGACAACAAGCAGUUCUUUGUCUACGAGACCAACGACUUUUGGCGCCAGAUCAAGACGGCAGGCUCCGCGAUCCCCGCCAACGCGCUGUAUCUCCAAAAGGCCAAGCAAAGCGGCUCCAAGGACCUCGCCCCGCCAUCGGCCAACAUCAUCCCGCCCGUUUACAUCCACCCGACCGCGCAAGUGCACCCGACAGCCAAGCUCGGCCCCAACGUCUCGAUCGGUCCCCGUGCGACAGUCGACGCAGGCGCGCGCGUCAAGGAGUCGAUCGUGCUGGAGGACGCCGAGAUCAAGCAUGAUUCGUGUGUGCUGUACUCCAUCAUCGGCUGGAGCAGUCGGGUUGGGGCCUGGGCGCGUGUGGAGGGUACACCGACGCCUGUCACUAGCCACAACACGAGUAUUGUCAAGAACGGGGUCAAGGUGCAGGCAAUUACCAUCCUGGGCAAGGAGUGCAAGGUGGGCGAUGAGAUCCGCGUGCAGAACUGUGUGUGUCUGCCGUUCAAGGAGUUGAAGAGAGAUGUUGCCAACGAGGUGAUCAUGUAG